CGACGCUGUUUUCUUGUUCACCCACUCAAACUCUCGCGAGAACUCAGCCUUUCAUACUUUCAGUGCUUUCUUGCUACUAUUUGUUAUGGACAGUCUUGAGCGACCCGACCACGACACGUACACAAUGGACUGAGCUUUAUAAAGUGUCAUUGUCCAGUGGGAUUCUGUGUGUUUCCUGGACUUGCCAUCGCGAGGAUGUUUCCCUGCCUGACCCAUAGACCAUGGCAAGUCCUCUGUCGGGUCUACUUGCAACAACGAGCUCCUCUGUCUCAGAGACCCUCAAAAAUAACAAAUCCGUGUUUUGGUUGGCAAAGUGGCAGAUGGGUCCACAAAUUCUGGCUGAGCAUCCCGGACUCCAGAGUUUCGUCUAUGACAUGGACACAGGUGCAGUACUGUUCCACAUCAAGCAGUGGUAAAGAAGGUUCUCCUGAUGGCCCUGAUGAGCCAAAGCCAACUGAGAAAGCACAGGCCGCCCAGUCUUCUGCAAAAACACCUGGAUUGAUGAAAGUAGAGAACAUCCAGGUGAAAGUUCGAGCUGUCCUGAAAAAGAGGGAAUAUGGCACCAAAUACACCCAGAAUAAUUUCAUCACCGCAGUAAGAGCUAUGAACGAGUUCUGCCUCAAACCCAGUGACCUUGAGCAGCUUCGAAAGAUCCGUCGGCGUAGUCCACAUGAUGAUACAGAAGCCUUCACUGUCUUUCUGCGAUCAGAUGUGGAGGCAAAAGCCUUGGAGGUAUGGGGCAGUCAGGAGGCACUUGCUCGAGAAAGAAAUGUUAGGAAAGAAGUGGAAAGGGAGUACCAAGAAAACAUAUUUAGAAACCAGCAGCUGUUGAAGGAAUACAAAGAUUUCAGGGGAAACACAAAGCCUCGAUCAGGGAAGAGGGCAACAUUUCUACAAGGUCCAGGAAAAGUGGUGAUGGUAGCUAUAUGCAUAAACGGACUGAAUUUCUUUUUUAAACUGUUGGCGUGGGUUUACACUGGGUCUGCCAGUAUGUUUUCUGAAGCCAUUCAUUCGCUAGCUGAUACUUGUAAUCAGGCUCUUCUUGCGCUAGGCAUCAGUCAGUCUGUUCGAAAUCCAGAUGCCAUCCACCCGUACGGCUUCACUAACAUGCGUUACAUUGCGUCUCUAAUCAGUGGAGUGGGUAUCUUCAUGAUGGGUGCUGGAUUGUCCUGGUAUCACGGCAUCAUGGGACUACUGCACCCUCAGCCGAUGCAAUCCCUGCUCUGGGCAUACUGUAUCUUAGCAGGAUCUCUGGUCUCUGAAGGAGCUACGCUGGUAGUGGCCUUCAACGAGAUCAAGAAGAGUGCACUUAAAGAAGGCAUGUCAUUUUACGAAUAUGUGAUGCAAAGUCGAGACCCGAGCACUAAUGUGGUACUGUUGGAGGAUACUGCCGCCGUGCUAGGGGUGGUGCUGGCUGCUGGAUGUAUGGGGCUCACCUCUCUUACAGGUAACCCGUUCUAUGACAGUCUUGGUUCUCUGGGUGUGGGAACCCUGUUAGGGACAGUGUCUGCGUUCCUUAUAUACACUAACACGGAGGCUCUGUUGGGCCGCUCCAUCAAGGCUGAGCACAUACAGAAGCUCACAGAGUUUCUGGAAAAUGACCCCGCAGUCAGGGCAAUUCAUGAUGUAAAAGCUACAGAUAUGGGGCUGAGCAAAGUGCGCUUCAAGGCAGAGGUGGACUUUGAUGGUCGGGUGGUGACGCGCUCGUACCUGGAGAAGCAAGACAUUGAACAGAUCCUAAACGAGAUUCAGCAGGUGAAGACACUGGAAGAGCUAGAGAACUUUAUGCUAAAGCACGGGGAAAACAUCAUUGACACUUUAGGAGCAGAGGUGGACCGUCUGGAGAAAGAACUCAAGCAACGCAACCCUGAGGUACGACAUCUGGAUCUGGAGAUUUUGUAGUGUUGUAAAACAUGGCACAAUAGAGGGGAACAAGAUGGAAGACAUCAAACCUCCAUUGAUCCCUUUUCCUCUUCACUCCGCAAAUUAGCUGAAGUCUUACUUUACAACUAUCCUGCAUAACCGAAGCAGUAACCUAUACAUGGUUUCAGUGGUUUUGGUAAGCUAGAAAAACACAGCCAAGACCGAAUUGGAGAGAGACAUGGACGAUUACCAGUGACUUAUGGUUUUGUGAUAGUUUGUAUAAUAAUAAUGUCCAUGGGUUUCAAACGGACCAGAAUCUUUUUAUUAUUUUACGUUUGGCACACAUAGCAGCAUAUACAUGUGUAUUUCACAAGUUUUCUCAAAGCCAUCAUUGGAAAUAGUGCACUUGAAGGGUAUACAUUUGAAGUAGGCUUUAUUUUUAAUUUAUAUUUAGAAAACAAAUAUUUUUUCCCAAUGUUGCUCUUUUGUUAGUCAGAUGCACAGAUAAGAAGAAGUUUAAAUGAUCCUUAUAAUGUUGGAUGAAGUGGACUGAAUUCUUUAUGAGAAAGUUAGUGUGAGAAUAAAGUGCAAAACCUGUUGCAAAACCUAGCAUUUGGUGAGCAGAUCCAGUAUUGCAGUUGGUAUGUCUAUCAGUUUUAACAGGUCUGUGUGUUAAGUACUCUAAAACUUAAAAACUAUAAAAUGUUUUAAACAGGA